AUGCAAGAUGAAUUUGACAUUGAAGUUAAUUUUGAAUAAAAUAGUUCUAUGACAUUCGAAAUGUUAAAAUUGAUAAUAAAUAUUAGUGGACAUAAUAGUGUUAGAUUUCCAAAAGCAGGAAUAAAAAUAAACAAUGAGGGAUUGACAACCACCAAUGGGGAAUAGAUACAAAAUACAUAGGAAUCGAUAACGCAUCAGUAAAUUAAGGUUGGGGAUAUCAUUGGAUAAGGAGUAUCCAGCUAUGUUUGCAGAGGAUUAUAUUUGCCUUACAAUUGUCAAGUAGCUUUAAAGGUUAAUUUUGAUUGUUAUAAUAUCAGAUAAUUAAUGUUUUCGAUAAGGAUAAGAGACAUUAGAUGUUAAAUGAUCUAAGUACACUCUUGAAUGGUUGUGAAUGCGAAUAAUUGAUCAAGUUUUAUGGCGCAUAUUAUGAAGAAGGUAGCUCUAUCAUUGAUUUUUGAGGAACCAUAAGAUUGGUACUUGAAUAUAUGGAUCAAGGAUCAUUGCGAAGCAUUAUUCAACAAAUCUAUAAGCAUAAUUUAAGUGAAUUAAUUAAUGAAUAAAUAAUUGCAACGAUAACUUAUAAUAUUCUCAUGGGAUUAUAAUAUUUGCAUUAGCAGAAGCAUCAACUUCACAGAGAUAUCAAACCAGAAAAUAUCCUCAUUAACAGUUUAGGGUAGAUAAAAUUGACUGAUUUCGGAAUUAGUAAAUAAUUGGAAAACACCAUAGCCAUAGCUAGAACAUUUGUAGGUACUUUGAUGUACAUGUAAGAAAAUCCCUCCUAUUUUCUCAUAGGUCUCCGGAGAGAACAGAGGGGAAGAACUACUCUUACGCUUCAGACAUAUGGUCUUUGGGACUGAUUAUCUAUGAAAUGGCAACAGGGAAACAUCCAUACUCAGUCUCCAAUAAGCAGAUGACUUAUAUCCAAAUGAUUCAGAACAUUCUGAAGUCGGAGUCUCCAAAAUUGGAUAAUUAUCCAUAUAGUGUAGAAAUGAGGGAUUUUGUUAAUAUUUGGUAGGAUUUGAAUAUUGAUUUUAGUUUGAACAAGGAUCAAAGUAAACGAUUGGAUGCGCAGACUCUGUUGUAGCACAAUUGGAUUAUAAAAAAUGCGUAGAAUGGUCAAUAUGUGCAGAUGUGGAUAUUGCAGAAGGAUCAAAAGUUACAGUUAGUCCAACAAAAAUGA